GUGCCUGCCUGCCUGUCUAUCUGCUUCGCUUUAUCUCCCCGGCUGAGUGAGCUGCUUGGGAAACCACUUCCCUUUCUCACCCUGCCCCGGCUCCGCCAGCCUCGCGCAGACAUGCCGCUGCAGGGGGAGAUGCUGCCCGCCCUGUCCCGCUGCUGAAGAGAGGGGCGAGCUCUUCACCCUACCGGGGGCGCUUUGGGAAGGGAGGGGGGGGUGCCCUUUGGCGGAUAAUCCCACCCUCUCCCCCCUCCCGGGCCUGGGAGCGUCCGUCUGCCCCUCCCUCCCACUGACACCCCCCCGCGGGCUGGAGAGGCUCAUGCAGUCGCUAAGGGAGAGGCUAGUGGUAAAAGCUCGAGCUGGAUGGAUGGGUAUGGGGAGAGGGGCAGGAUCCACAGCCCUGGGAUUCUUCCACCUCCUCCCUGUCUUUCUCUGCAUCUUCCCUCCAGUGACCUCUCAGUGCAAGAUCCUGAAGUGUAACUCUGAGUUCUGGGCGGCCACGUCAGGCUCUCACCACCUUGGCACGGAGGAGGCACCGGAGUUCUGCACAGCUCUCCGUACCUACGCUCACUGCACCCGCCGCACAGCUCGCACCUGCAGGGGGGACCUGGCCUACCACUCUGCCGUUCAUGGCAUAGACGACCUCAUGGUCCAACACAACUGCUCCAAAGAUGGCCCCACCUCGCAGCCCCGCCUGCGCACACUGCCCCCCGGGGACAGCCAGGAGCGCUCCGACAGCCCGGAGAUCUGCCACUACGAGAAGAGCUUUCACAAGCACUCAGCCCCUCCAAACUACACCCACUGUGGGCUCUUUGGGGAUCCCCACCUCAGGACUUUCACAGACAGCUUCCAGACCUGCAAAGUGCAGGGGGCUUGGCCGCUCAUAGAUAAUAACUACCUGAACGUCCAGGUCACCAACACGCCAGUGCUACCUGGGUCCCUGGCAACGGCAACGACCAAGCUUACCAUCAUCUUCAAGAGCUUCCAGGAGUGUGUGGACCAGAAAGUGUACCAGGCGGAGAUGGACGAGCUUCCGGCCGCCUUCGCCGAUGGCUCCAAGAACGGCGGCGACAAGCAUGGUGCCAACAGUUUGAAGAUCACCGAGAAGGUGUCUGGCCAGCAUAUUGAGAUCCAAGCCAAGUACAUCGGCACCACCAUUGUGGUGAGGCAGGUGGGCCGCUACCUCACCUUUGCCGUGCGCAUGCCUGAGGAGGUAGUGAACGCCGUGGAGGACAGGGACAACCAGGGCCUUUACCUCUGCCUCCGGGGCUGCCCACUUAACCAACAGAUUGACUUCCAUACCUUCCGCUCUGGUCAGGCCACAGAAGGCCGGGCUCGCAGGAAGGGGUCCAGCCUCGUCCCCUUCCCUGAGUUCUUCACCUAUGAAACAGCCAUGGCCAAGUGCCGGGAGAAGCUCCCCGUGGAGGACCUGUACUUCCAAUCCUGCGUCUUUGACCUCCUGACCACAGGGGACGUCAACUUCACGCUGGCUGCUUAUUACGCCUUCGAAGAUGUGAAGAUGCUUCAUUCCAACAAGGACAAGCUGCACCUCUAUGAAAGGACACGGGAGCUGGGCCCAGGCAAUGCAGCCCCCUCGGGCCAUCCCUGGGCCCUUCCUGCCCUCUGGGUGGCGCUGGUGUGUCUGAGUCAGUGCUGGUCAGUGUUUCUAUAGAUGGGACCUCGGUGGGGGAGGAAGGGGUCCACAGAAGGGGACGAUGGUCUGUGCUGGAUGAGGAGAAGUUGAACAGCAGGUCUGGCUGGGAGCUAAAGAGUCAUCCCGGCAUCUCAGCCCCUUGAAUUAGGCCCUCUGGAAUGUCAUGGGCCUGCCCCAGAUAGCAGCCAUCGGUUUCUGCUGGACCAUACCUCAUGUAACUCUUCUCCUCUUCCCGUGGGUGAGGACGGUGGAAUGCCCUCCCCUCCCCCUAGUGCUCCCUCGUGGUACUGCAAACGGUUGUGGUGACUGUGAUGUUGGCAUUUGUGAAAGUGGCUUCGUGUUGGGGGAGUUGGCUGCCUGCUGCUGCCUGGGAGGAGGGGGCAGAGCCCCAGCUGGUCAGGGUGGCCCAUGCCUAGAGACCCUCGUGGGACACAAAGAGACAGGCUGGCCUCUGAUUUUCACACGUCACAAAUGACUAUAGUGCUCAGGUCCCUACUGCUGCCCAGGCAGGCCCUGCGUCUGUGUACAACCAGCUAAGUGGGGCUUUGCUCACUGCUGGGCCUUUGCAAAUGCGGGGGGCUAAACCCAGAUAGAGAAACUACAAUGGUGCCCCCCCCCCUUAGCUCUGGGCAGGCACCUUCCCCGAGAGAAGCUGCAGAGGUAGGCAGUUGGCUGAAUUGUUUUCUGUCCAUCACUAAAGGCCCUGUUGUUCCCAGCAUCCAGCUCCCUGCAGGGGUCUGAGGUGCACAGUUCAUCCUUCACUGAACAGCACUUUCCAGGGGCGGGUCAUUCACUGAUUGCAUCUGCUGGGCUUCAGAGGGUGUCUGGGAGCUAAUGGGGUCCAGGAAGUCCAGUCCCGGUACACAGACUCUCUGAGUCACUUCAUAGCCUCGAGGUUGAAUCCUUGUGGGCCUUCUCUGGCCCCUCCCCUCAGAGAGGCAAAGAGAGAAACCUGGCCAGGAUUUGAGCAGUUUCUGACAUUUGCCAGCAGCCUCCUCCCAGUAGUUGAAGGGCUCCUUGUGACGUGGCCCCUUGUUCCCAUUAGCUCUUAGGACACUCAGGCAGAGUGAGUGGGGAGGUGUCAGCGAUCUCCCAGAUUCGUACUGUGAAGUGACUGAUCAGACCUCCUCAAGCCCUGUACUGGCAGCUGGAGUGUCCCCCCUCUAGCCCUGUCCCUUUUCACCCUCUGGAGGGUGGCUGUGGGUCAGUAAAGCCAGGGCAAAGCUCUGACAACAGCAGAGCCCCUGAAGUGGGGGGAGUUUUGCUUGUUUGCUGCUAACCCCCACUUCUCCCCUAGUGAUCUCACUUCAGGCCAAUUGCACCUUAGCUCUUCCUGGCUUGAUUCUGAGGAGGGCUGUUUGAAAAUCCAGCUGGGGGCAGGCCCUAACGAAUCCCAGCAAAGCAAUUGAUAAUCUACUCUGCCAUCUGAGAGGCAGUGCCGCUUCCUCUUCUCCACGUUCUUCUGGGAUUUGCCUGGUGCUUUGCUCACAUAUCACAAGACCAUUUGCACUUUGGCUUGGAACUGAGAGACCUCUGGGGGAAUCCCCCAUUGUUCCCCCAGUUGGAGUUUCCCAGAGUUCUCCCCAGAGGCACAGGUAGAUCACUAGGACAAUCAGCAAUUAAGCAUGGUCUCUUGACUCCAUAGAGAAAUGGGAAUGUGACGCACCCUGCAGCACGUACAAACUAGUGCCACGUGGCAGCCGCCUGUAAAUACUCGAGCAACUAUUCUUUGUGUCCCGCCAGCUGUAGAACUCCGUUUGUAAAGCAGCAGAGAAAUGCAACAUGUGUCAUUGGGUGUAAUUUAUAUUGUCUCUCUAAUAUAUGGAGCCCUGGCGUUGAUCUCGUGUGACUGUACAGAUGAAGAGAUGUAAUUGGUUUUUAGGUGUUUAACGAAAAACAGAAGAGACGUAACAGAAAGAUGUGUUUACUACUUUGCUCCUUGCUUUGUCUGCUGGUGGCCCGUGUUUCUGUUUAGGGCGAUUUUAAAAUAGGGAUCUCACAAUGUAGGGAGCUGGGGAGACCAACCACGGGAUGGUAAAUCAAUCAAUUUGCUGGCCACAGAGCUCUUGGAGGGCAGCUCGAAAAGGAAAUAAUGGAGAUAUUCUAAAUGAUCUGUAUUUGCAUUAAAGUAGCCUAGAUGUCCGAGUGGAGAUCAGGACCCCAUUCUGCUAAGAGCUGCAUUGGCACCUGGUGAGAGACAGUUGUUGCCCCAAAGAAUUUACAAUCUAGACAAGGAAGAGAGGGGAAACUGAGGCACAGUUGGUGACAUUACUUUUCCAGGAUCACAGAGCCCAGGUCUCCUUUGUCCCAGUCCAAUUGACUAGAUUAUGUUGCCUCCUUUAAGGCUCCUUUAGUGGCUAUGAACAGCCCGUUUCCCAGGUGGGUUUGAUUCUGCCCAUAUAGUAUGACCAGAGGUUUGUUUCCGCCAAGUUUAAGAGCUCACCUUGCUGGGUGAGCACAAGUCUCAUGAACUUUCCAUUGCUAAUCCUGUGCAUACCUGUCCUUGGGGUAAUACAUUCCCUUAGCGUGUUUGGUAGCUAGCAGCUGGGAGGGAGUUCAUCAGGCUUCUAUGCAACUACCAAGGCCAGAGUCAUUCAGUCCCCUUAGCUCCUUCACUACAUGAAAAUCUAAACUUUAUUACCCCUAGAAACUGGAGAGGUGAAUAUUGAAAGUCAUUAUCAGCUUGGUGGGGCCCCACACCUGGGUAACCCACUAAUAAUCCCAGAUAUACCUAGGCUUGGGACGUGGAGCUGCUAUCAGGACAGGAGUACAUGGCUAGGCAGAGACUGGCAUUGCUGUUAGCCAAUCAGCAUAGUUCAUAAUAACCAUGCGCCAUCUGCUGUCAUAGUGCUACUUCCUGUCGUGGCAGCAUAAGAAAGCGUGCGAUGUUGUGGUCAGAGCUACCCUCUGGAGGAAGGAAGUCCUCUGUGAUCUUGAUUGUCUCUGCACAGCCCAGGCCUUCCCUAGUAGGUCAGUGCUCCAGUGGUGGUUGAAUGUAUUACGGUGGUUGGGUUAUCCCUCUUUUAGAAGCUAACAGUUAAGCACUUUAUUUUGGUUGUGUGUGACCCAGUUCAAGUUAAAGGUGAAGUGUGGCCAAGGAAGACCUGAUGUGGUUGGAAUAAAAAAAAAAAAAAAGAUUUUGGUUUUGGGGAGGGAGAGAAUCUCCUGACUGCUCUUUGUGUUUUGGACCCUGUAGGGUGUCACUGCAUGUACAUACUGUAAAUUAUUUAUUGAUGAAAAUGCAAGUAAAGGUUCUCUUCUCUUUUUUUUUUGA